CAAAAUGGCUGUUCCAUGGAGGGCAUUUAACAACAAAUAAUACCGAGCCAUGUUAAAGUUUAAAAACUUUUUAAAUAAAUGAUGUUCCUCCACAAAAAAUGAUCAGAGAUGCUUGAUACUUAAUUAUAUUUCUUUACUACGUGGAAUCUUUGAUUAAAUAAUGGCAUCUGGAACAAAAAUGUCAUAUAACCAUUUCCAAGGUGGUAAAUAUGGAGGCUUUUCACAACCAUCCCAAAAGGAUAUGGAAAUUACACAAGACAUGCAUCUUAAGAUGUCAAAGAAGAUUGCCCAGCUAACAAAGGUAAUUUAUGCACUGAACACAAAGAAUGAUGAAAACGAUACAGUACUUCAAAGCUUGAAAGAUCAACAUGAGGAGGAAAUUCAGCGCAUACUGGCUGACACCCAAAAGAAAGUCUCAGUCUAUAAGUGUCAGCUAGAUGAGGAAUCAGAUCACAGAAAGACUAUUGAAGCUCUUCAAACAAAAAUGGAUGAAUACAAAGACCAGAAAACUUUGGUUGAGAACCAAUUUGCAGCAUAUAAAACAAAGAUCAGUGAGCUACAUGAGAAGGAAAGGGAGAGCUAUGCUAAUAGAUUGUUUGAUAUGUCCCAUGAAAUGCUUAAAGCUAAGAAAGAUUUUGAAGACCACAUACAAAGGUUUAUUUCCUGGAAGGAAAGGAUAAUUGCAGAGCAUGCAACAGCUAUUGCGGAACAAGAAAGCAAGCACCGGACUGAAAUGGAAGACUUGAAAAGUCUCCAACGAGACCAGGAUGAUACCUGGCAAAACCAAUGUGCUAAAAUAGAGGAGAGGUUCAAGAGCCAGAUUGAGGCUCUAAGAAAUCAAGUUGAGGCUUUACAGAAUGAGAAGGUGUCAAUGGAGACGGAAUAUGUCGCCAAGUUAGAAAAAUCUCAAGCGUUUUAUGAAAAAGAGCUGGAGGCAGUACGACACAGCCAAAGUCAAGGUCACAACAUGGAGGUAGAAAAGCUGCGGAAAGAAAUAGACAGGAUGAAAUUAGAUUUUGGCGCUAAUGAAAGGGAGCUGCGAUCACAGAUAGACAGGCUGGUGAGGCAGCUGGCUGAUACUGAAGACGAGCUGGAGCAGGUGAAGCAGGAGAAGGAGAUGCUGCAGGCAGAGCUAGCGGGGAAAAAGUCUAGUUCUAGUGAACUAUCUAAACAUCUCCAAGAUUUAAAGGAGGAGCUGGCCAAGAAAACCACUUCCCUCCAGAACACAGAGACAGAGCUGGCAGGAUCCAAACAACAUUGCUCCAAUCUGGCAGAUGAACUCAUGAAAAAGUCCAAUAAGAUGGGAGAGCUUGAGGCACACAAUGUACAGAAUGAAGGAGUGAUUUCUUCAUUACGCUCAGAGCUGGACAAAAUGAAGGACAGGGUGACCAGACUGGAUGCUGAGAGGUCAUCUCUUCAGUCGCAUGCUCAGUCACUUUCUCUGGAACAGAGCAGCCAGUUACAGAACCUGAGACAGGCUCUUGAGGAUAUGACUGUGGAGAAAGAGACAUUGAAACAGUGGUCAGAGAAACAAAUACAAAGUCUGAAUGAUGAGCUGGAGAAGAGAGAGAAAAAGCUGAAAGAGGAAUUCCACCUGCGGUUGACAGAGAUGGAGGUUCAGCAGAGGGAGGCCAUAGAGAGGGAGAGGAAAGAGGCGGGGGAUGUUCUGGCAUCAACAAAAGCUAGUUUGACUGAGCAGCAUGAAGAGAUCAUGAGACAAAUGGUGGCAGAAAAGGUCAACCUACAGCAACAGCUGGAGCACCUGAGGACAGAGCUGAGCUCUAAGCUUGUAUAUGCUGAGCAGGAGAUUGCCAGGCUUGAGAAAAUUGUCAAAGACAGCGAGGAAGGUCUCGGGUCAGCUUCAGGUCAGCUGGCCAACCUAAGGGACGCUGCCACACAACUCAAAGCUGAGCUAGACAAGACUAGGUCUGACCUCAAGGAGUCUACAACUAAAACAGGCAAACUCCAGGCUGAACUGGACAAGCUGAAAGAGCUUCAUGACAGAACAGUGGCUGAGAUGGAGGCCGAUCUCAAGGUGAAGCUGAGGAACUUGUCUCAGGAGCUGGACACUAAAUGGACGGAGACCAUGAGGGAAGAAUGCGGGAACCUCAGGAGAGAGCUAACAGCUCAGAAGGAGGACGAGAAGAGGGCAGCACUCAGCCAUCUGGCCCAGCUCAAGAACGAAGAGAUCGAAGCAGUGAGAGCUGGUCUGGACUCUAGAGUCGCUCACCUCAGGAGACAGAUUGAAGACUUACAAAGCCAGCUGGACAACUCUAAGACCCUGAGCGAGGCCGAGAGAAGCCGACUAGAGUCGAGCCUUGAGCGAGAGAAAGACCGGCUGAGACAGGAGAUGCUGGAAGCCGCAUCCGAGUACGCCAGCCAGAUCGAGAUGAUGAAGAAGAUGCACGAUGAUGAGAUGGCUAGGUUCAAAUCCCAGCUGGAGCAGGAGAAAAACAGCCUGGAGAACGAGCUAAAGCUGAAGCACCUGGAGGAGAUGCAGGCCCAGGUGUCCGCCCAUAAAGCAGCUCUCAGCCACAGCAGUCAGCUGGAGCAGCGUCAGAGACAGGAGGCUCUGGACAACCUGAAGGUCCAGCAGCUCAAGGAGAUUGAGAAGCUGCAAGCUGAGCUAGAGGAACAGAACAAGAACGAGAUGGAAGCUCUUAAGCUAAAGCAUGGCAAUGAGGUCAGAGCUGCCAGGAUGGAGCUGGAGAGGGCUGUGGAGAUCUCAAAGCAAAAGGACAAAGACCACCAGAUGCAGCUGGAGGAGCUGAAGACAGAGAUUGGGUACAGAGAGCAACACAUCAAGAACCUCCAGGACCAGCUGACCAAGGUGCAGGAGCAGAUCAGCAAACUCAAGCAGGAGAUUGACACCAAGGUGCUGGAGAUCAAACAAACACAGAAACAAGCCAGUCAGCAGCUCAAGAUCCAAGAGGACAAACUCAACCGUGAGAACCAGACAGCCAUAAACAACCUGACAGCUGACCAUCUGAGGGAACAGCAGGACAUGUUGGCCCAGUUUAAUGCUGCCCAGGCCAUGCUGAAGGAUAAAAUUUCUGCUCUACAAAUUGAGUUGCAAGAAGCCAGAGAUCGUUAUGACAGAAGGGAGUCCAGACCUGAGGACUUGGAGCUGAUUGACUCGUUAAGAUCUGAAGUGUCAGAACGGGAAAUUAGAAUCAAAGACCUCAUUGAUGAGAAGAGGUUUUACCAGCUUGAGCUAGUGAACAGAGAAACUAAUUUCAACAAGGUUUUUAAUGCCUCGCCCAAUGUAGGGGUUCUCAACCCUUUCCAGAAGCCUAAAAAGAAAGGAGAAAAGACGGCUGGAGUUCAAAGGUUAGAUCCUCUACCUGGCUCUCCUCUUCAUGAUGGGAAACUGAACCCCACAAAACCCUUACCACAACCCAACUUUACAAAGUUCUCUAGAUAAAAACCUGCCCAGUGAUCUCAUAGUUUAACGCCCCACGUGAGAAGGUGUAGGAUACAUUUUAGAUAAAAGAGCCUGAAUAAUUCUGAGAGUUUAUGUUUUAUUGUGUGAGAUCCAAGUGGGAGAGCUAAAUAGCUGAUAAAGUUGGUUUGGAGGUGAGACAAUAUUAAACUUCACUGUUGAAGAGGUAGGUGAUA